AUGCUCCCAAGGGCAACAUUCGCACCACAACAUGCACAGUUUUCAACACACAUGCUUCGUUUGCGCAGCAAGAAAGUGGUUCCCUUAUUGUUGGGUGAUGCCUUACCUCGCCCAGAUCAAUCUGAAGAGGAAAAUGAAUUGCAUUGUCGAGCGAUGAUGUUGUUGUUUAAACCGUGGCGAGAGUUCUCAGACUUAAAGUCAGACGUCGAAAGUUGGGUAGACGCGUUCGAAAAAGAAACUUUUCCGUCGAGAUUGUUGGCAAUUAUUAAGAACAUGAAUGUUGAGAAUGAAUGUAAAGAUGCUAGAGAUGCGCAUGCUGUUUUAGUGCGA